AUGGCUAUGGAGGUUGCUUUCCUGGCUCCAAAUGUCGGUCAAUCUGCUAUUGCCAAGCAGCACAUCGGCACAGCUCCAGGAUCCCAGCCCAGCGGUUUUGGAAUGAAGGUUGCAGCUGGCGUUUGCAGUGCUGCAGCAGCUGUGGGUUUGGCCUCCAACCGCAAGCGUGCCAAGACCGCGGCACGAUACACCACUCAGACCAUCCUGCCAUCUUUGGCUUGGAUCAAGACCGGAGUGAAGGCCUCCGAGCUGCAGCCAACUGAGCUGCGAGCUUUGACCCUUGCAGGCAACGAUGUCCUGAUUGGCAAGACCGAGGCUGGUGCACUCUUCUGCGUAGGCAACUUGUGCCCUCACAUUGGCACACCCAUGAGUGAGGGUGCGGACGUGAUUGGUGACGUGAUUGUGUGCCCUCUGCACGGCUCUUCCUUCAAGGUGACCAACGGUGAACUUAUUGACUGGUGUGUCUCUCCACCCAUCAUUGGCCCUCUCACUGGUCUGAUUGUUGAGAAGAAGAACCUCUUGGUCUUCGAGGCCCGACAGGGUGGCUUCUUGGGUUCUGGAGAGGUUGAGGUGCUUGUGGACGUCAACGCCAAGAAGGCCUAUGAAGCAAACUACUGGAAGGGCUUGUUGGAUGCCCAGGGCAAGGUUGCCUUCCUUACUCCUGUUGCCACCAAUGUGGCUGGCCCCGUCUCGCAGAUCGUGCCUCUCCGCGCAGGCCCAAGCCCUGCUGACAUCGGUGCCACUGGAAGCUUCGGGUUGAAGGCAGCCUGCACUGCUGCUGGAGUGGCAGCCGUUGGUGCCCUCGCAGCAAGUCGCAAGCGCGUAGCACGAGCAGCACAGGAGAUGGCAAAGUUGCCAAAGCACAUGCAGCCCGUGGCAACCCGCGCGGACUAUCCAGUGUAUGCACCUGGGCCAUCUGGUGUCCCGAACUACCCGGAGUUUGUGGGCGACUGGGCCAUCCCAGUGCCAGGAAGUUAUAAGGCCUGCUUGACCAUGACCGGACCGGAUGUGGAGACAGGUAGCGAGAUGGGCAAGCCUUGGGAUCCCCUUGGCUUCAGCAAGCUCUACGAUCGCAACUUUGACUUCAACGGCAACAUGACUUGGCCACACGUGCAGUGGCUCCGAGAAGCCGAGCUGAAGCACGGCCGCUGUGCCAUGCUGGCAGUUGUCGGCAUCUUUGCCCAGGGUUCUUUCCACAUUGAUGGAUACCCAGAGGCACCUUGGACUGAGGCCCUGCAGAAGUGCUAUGACAAUCCUCAGGGCAUUGUAGGCUUCGGCAUUGCUCAGAUCUCUGCGUUUGCCAUGGUCAUUGAGGGCAAGUUCUUCCCCAACGAUGCCUGGAUUGGCCAGAUGGACCGUGAGCCCGGAGACCUUGGCUUCGAUCCUUUGAAGCUUGCCAAGGAUGGUGAGAGCAUGAAGAGCAUGCAGCUCAAGGAGUUGAAGAACGGCCGACUCGCAAUGAUGGCCUUCAUGUCUUGCGUGGUGGGCCACUACUUGCCUGGAAGCGUCCCGGGAGUCUCCGCUUUGCCGCGUGAGUCUGCCCCAGCCCAGGCCCCUGCUUUCUGCGGUGCCACUCCUGCCAGCUCUUCCGAGACUGGAGUUUCCAAGACCGCGGCACGAUACACCACUCAGACCAUCCUGCCAUCUUUGGCUUGGAUCAAGACCGGAGUGAAGGCCUCCGAGCUGCAGCCAACUGAGCUGCGAGCUUUGACCCUUGCAGGCAACGAUGUCCUGAUUGGCAAGACCGAGGCUGGUGCACUCUUCUGCGUAGGCAACUUGUGCCCUCACAUUGGCACACCCAUGAGUGAGGGUGCGGACGUGAUUGGUGACGUGAUUGUGUGCCCUCUGCACGGCUCUUCCUUCAAGGUGACCAACGGUGAACUUAUUGACUGGUGUGUCUCUCCACCCAUCAUUGGCCCUCUCACUGGUCUGAUUGUUGAGAAGAAGAACCUCUUGGUCUUCGAGGCCCGACAAGGUGGCUUCUUGGGUUCUGGAGAGGUUGAGGUGCUUGUGGACGUCAACGCCAAGAAGGCCUAUGAGGCAAACUACUGGAAGGGCUUGUUGGAUGCCCAGGGCAAGGACGAUGGCACCUACUACUGAGCAUCUCAUCACGUUUCCAUAGACUUGAGGCGCUACUGACUUUUUGUUCGCUCAGAAGUCUAACUUAUUGAGUGCUAGAGUGCCCAGG